UCAAUUAUUUUCAAUAUUUUCUAACUAAUUUGCAUGAACUUAAUUGAAUUGCUCAUUUGAUGUGUAGAUGGCAACAGGCUGUGUAUGAGUUUGGGUGAUGGCUAGUAGGUAAUGAUGUAUGAUAUGAAAUGUUUCUUGGUGGAACAACUUGAGAAACGUAUUAACUGUAUUAACUCAAGCACACUCAGUGGAAAGUAUCUCAGAUCAAGUGACAGCCAAGUGAUCUACAAGAACACACACCAUCAACUUUCCAAACAAGGCUUGGGUGGUUGUAAUGAAGCAGCUAUUCCAAUAUGGUGUCCGCGAAGUUAGUGCUCAAGGCGGCAAAGAUUUCGUCACCGUAACAUAUCACCUUAAGGCUCACAUCGAAACAGAAGUUUUUGAAUUUGUCGGUGCGACACCUUCGCACCAAACUAGACAAAGAUGAAGACCUUGAAUUAUUAUAAAGUAUUGUCUGUAGGUGUAAGUUGAUUUACUGCCUGAAGAGAUGAAAUCAGCAGCCGAUAUUUGAAUGGUUGUUCAAUGUUUUCGACCUCAUCUACCAAAAACUUCAUAUGUUAUAUAUGGAACAACCUAUAGGUGGUGUUACCGGUUUCAUUGCGUGUCCUGGUAGUGCAUUUUCGAGAGACAAUAUAUCUUGAAUAUGAUUGUCUGGCCAAUCAAAACGACACAUAUGUAAAAUUCUUUCUUGGACAACCAUUCGGUUCCAACGGUGACCAUCAUCGACUUUAAUUGAAAUUUAUUGGCAGUAUAUUUUAUUAAUCUUUUUUCCAGUUUCACAUUACUUUACAGUGUGUUUGUUCUAUUACAAUAGUCCGAAAGGUCCUGUAACAUGCUAAGAUUCCGCGAAGCAAUCAUUGUAAUUUUAGGAUGGUUCUGCGCAAAACUAGCUGAGCCCAGGACUGCUUGGGUUAGGCAUUCCCGUCCCCAAAAGAACGUCCAGCUUUCUAAAUCGAUAAGCGAGCAUAAGGUCGUUUUCAAUGUACCAGUCACGUCACACUCCCCCAUCGUCCCGAACAUGCCAAGUCCAACGAAAACGUGAAGACAAAACCAGAACUGUAUUCCUAACACAUUGGUUAGUUGUUAUGUAAUCUUCGACUAAAAUGCUGCACGUGAUGUGCAUUUAUGGAUCUGAAUAAUAUAAGACGCAACAGUUUGGCCGUGAGGGUGCGAAGUAAAAUGUCUACGGAAUUGACAUCUAAUAACAAACUAUAAAAAAAACCUUGAAAAAGGUCAUGGUCUGUUAGUUAUGUUGGAGAAUACAAAUUAGUUCUUUCCUUCAAGGAUACUCAAACAAACAACCAACAGUCCACUAGAGAAGUAGAAAGAGAGUUGUUAAAUUUCAUACAGACAGUUAUUGUUAUUACAAAAAUAAGUUAAAGGAAUCAGCCCGAAUGAAGUGAGUGAUGGUCCAUCCGUGGGCAUACAAAACAAAACAAAACCGGCAGCAAAUUCUCACAAAUCUAUAGAUCCAUAUUCUUCAGCUCCCGAUUUUUCAACUUCAAAAAUGCAGUAUUGACAAUACCGUCCUAAGUGCAAUGCGAUACUUCUAGAACUACCUAGUGCCUAACAUAAAUCGUCUUCAUAAUUCUUCCUUUUUGUGAAUUGGAAACUGAAAUUGUUGAUUAUUACCGUAUUUAAUGCUGAAAUAAACAGUUUUUAGCCAUGUAUAUAACAGGUUUGUACUCAUAAAACACUCUUACAUGAAAACUGUUUAUUGUCCAAAAACGAAAAUACGCAUCUGAAGAUGAGUAAUGCAGUAUAAUUUACGAAAUUUCAACUGUAAUAUGAACUUAUAAAGUUAACAUAUGCCAUUUAACACAUAUUUGGUCUUCAUAUUCUACUACAAAAAAACACUUACAUACUUAUUACAGAUUGUAGAACAUUUAUUGUCGUUGUGAGACGGGCUCAUGUAACACCUACGUCAUUUUUUACUUUAACAACUGCAAGGAUCAAGAACUCUGGGCUGAGAAGUCGACGGCUUCUUUGCAUGGCUGAACGAAGCUCCCUAGGUAGUCUUGGUUCCGAUAAACGUCGUCUCAGAUGAAGUUCAAUUAGAGUUUGCCUCAGGGAACAAUAAAAUUUCGUCGCCUAAUAGAAUUCCAGUCCCAGACCGGAACAAAACAAAGGAAUUUACAGAAGCUGUAUGCAUAAUAGGAUACCAAAUAGUACAAGGCCAUCUUCUCGUUCUUUAACCUGUAUUGUAAUUUACAUACUUCCGAUCUAAUGCAUCACCUCCCGCCUUCAUGGAGUGAUACAAAUAAUAUAGAAUCAUAUCAGGCUUCUUUGAUUCUUCUACUAUUUUGUUAUCAUACUGCAAUACGAG